CCCGGAUACACACAAGUAUAUUAUUACUAGAUCAUUAUAUAACUGGGUAUGUUACAAAGGGGAAUGCGCGUCUUUCGGUUCGACUUGUAACGAAAACUGAUUUGUGUAUCACGGAACUGUUUAAUUGGCUGCCAAUUAAACAUUCCUGGAAUGUCAAAACGAAUAGAGAAAAUCCAACACAAGAGUCGGCGGAACCUUUUACUUUGUGUGGAGUGGUGGAGGGCAGCGUUUACCACCUGGUCUGCAUUCACAAUCGCCCUCUUUCUUCCUCAUGAGCCAUAUGGCAUGGGGGAAAAACUCCUCUGGGGAGCGAUACGCAUGCCUUCCAAAGCCCCUAAGUUCGGCAUCAGUCCUGUCAGGUUUGGCGAUCCUGUCCAAAUCAAACAAGGCAUAUCCUUCAGGAAAGGAUUUGAGUUUGCAAUAUUUGUUUUUGUACAAGGUUUUACCAAUAUGACUUCCAAUCUUAAGUUUCCACUUUUCCGUCAUUUCCUUCCUUCUCUUCACUUCUUCAGAAUUCAACCCAGCUUCAACGUUCGUGUUGUGGUCGUCAAUUUUCGCAAGAGCAUGAGAACCAUGCUCUCGACGUAUGGUAUACGACCCCCAGUUCUCAGACGAACCAUCCGAAAUACCUUCCGGAAAGCUGAUCUCUCUAAACUCCCUCGAUUGUUUGACCUUUUUCGCGUAAAUAGCGGAAUGCUGGGCAGUCUCAACACGCUUUUCCCUUCGUCGAGGAGGGCUGCGAGCUCUUUGACGAGCAGCGUAUCCCGCGUCGGACGAUGUGACACGACCACCACUGGCUAGGAUGAACCCCAUUAGCUGGACGCGACGUCCGUGAAGGAUAUUGGUUGUUGUCGGGGACCAAACGCGCGAGCACGCGGGGACUGAUUUCGCCAAGUUCGGGUUUUAUACCAUCUCCGGAAGCAAUUUAAAAUUACAGCUGAAUGCAUUGCGUUCCACGACGGACAGCGAAUCAGUAUGUUACAAAGGGGGGAAUGCACGUCUUUCG